AUGGCCAUCGGUUCAAAGGUAGUGCUUCUGUUUGCUGCGCUUCUCUGCAUCGGGCAUGCGUCAGCAGUCGCUUUGGACUACACAGAGGUCCGAAAAGAACUGGUGGAGUUCUCGAACGCCACCACGCAAGUCGUCCCGGGAUUCAACUUCGGUGACCAAUCAUACUUCAGGUUUAUUUCUCAGGAUUCUCCCGCCCAGACAAACUUGAAAACCUCCAAUCACACGUUCUCCUCGGCCACGAACAUUCUCCAGGACAUCCACACCCGAGAGGAGGUGGGCGUGAGCAUCGGCAUCUGCGAAGAGACGACCGCGCUCAAUCUGGCGACAGGCUUCUACGAGCUUUUCUGCUCCUUCACCUUCGUGUUUGCGGACGGAACGAUUGCGCUGCAGGGCCAGUUCCUGUCGACCCCCAACGACAUCGCGAUCGUGGGCGGAACCAGAGCCUACACCGGAGCCACCGGAAUCGCCCACGAAAACACGAUCGCCGCCAAUCCGCUCACCGGAGAGUUCACGAUUGGAUACAACCUUCGGUUUUACGUACUGCCCAAGUUCACUCUGCCUGACCUCUUCCUGGACGUGGGGGUUCCGCCGGUCAACGGCGCGUGUAACCCAAACUCCGCAAACCCGAACCAGUGCUUCAGCGCUGCCGGUAGCGACUCGAUUUGCUGCCAGGGCCAAUGCCCCGCCCAACCUGGGGUCAGUCCGGCGUGCGCGUGA